UCUGUCGGGCCCCUGUGUCGGUUGGUGGCGGUGGGAGGUAGGUGGGCUGGGUCGCGCCGCCACCUCUGGCCCCGGCCUUGCGUCUGUCGCCCGCUCCCCGCCGUGGGCCCACGAUGCCGCAGUACCAGACCUGGGAGGAGUUCAGUCGCGCGGCCGAGAAGCUUUACCUCGCCGACCCUAUGAAGGCACGUGUGGUUCUCAAAUAUAGGCAUUCUGAUGGGAGUUUGUGUAUUAAAGUAACAGAUGAUUUAGUUUGUUUGGUGUAUAGAACAGACCAAGCUCAAGAUGUAAAGAAGAUUGAGAAAUUCCACAGUCAACUGAUGCGACUUAUGGUAGCCAAGGAAUCCCGCAGUGUUGCCAUGGAAACAGACUGAAUGGUUUGAAAUGAAUACUGUCUCCCAUGUUCUUGGGAAGUAAAUAUCUUUUGAAUUUGAAGAAGUGUGCGGACAGAAAAUACUUAAUGUAAUGAAGUGGGUUAUUCAUUUUUUGUACUUUGUUUCUUAAUGUUUGCUUUAGAGAGCUAGGAAUGUAAAUGCUUUCAGUUAGAAAGCCUUUAUUUAUUUUUGGAAAUUUAACAAGAAAUGUGUCUAUCUUGGAAACUUUCUGCAGAUUAUUUGAUUCUGAGAAAAACAUGUAAUUAUUUCUUUUGGUAAAUUUGUAUCAAUAAUUUGAAAAUGAGACAUCAGGAAAAGCCUAUUCCUUAAAUUUAGUUUGUCUUUAAAAGAAAUUAAAUGUAACCAUUUUUCUGGAUUAACAGAUUUCUUUGGGGGCAUAAAAUUUGUUCAAUUGAUGACCAGCAAAUAUAAACUACGGUACCUAGAAUUAACUGUGCACAGCACUAUACCUGAUUAUGCACAGUAGUGUAGACUCAGUUGUAUCUAAAAGUAAUUAUGAAAACAAGUAUGCUUUGCCCUGGCUGGUUUGGCUCAGUGGUUAGGGCGUCGGCCCGUGGACCAGAGAAUCCCAGGUUUGGUUCCCGCUAAGGGCACAUACUUUGGUUGCAGU